CCCAAACCCAUGUAUAUUUGCGUGCAAUGUCAGGCAAAAAUAUAAUUGCAACCCUGUUUUACCUGUCAUUUUACAUAAAGACAUAUUACGUCGUUAAAUUCUUAAGGAAGUUUUCCACAAAUUUUAAUACGGAAGUUGCGCCCCCAGCGAAGAGGAAAAGGCAGAAGCCAAACAAGAAGUGGAAGGAGAGUGAGGUGCACUCUAUAAUAGAGUUUUUAAUGGAAGAGGCGGAUUUUGAGGCUCCAACUGCGCAGUUGUUUUAUAAACGAUUUUUACAUAAGACGCAGUUGGAUGUCUCAUGGGAUCUCGUGUGGUGGAAGGUCCGACAUUUGAAGGCGCAGUACCGUAAAGCCAAUGACUGGCUCGCGUCAACGGGUGCAGGACUACAAGAUGAAGGUGACGGCAGAAUCAUCGAAGCAAAAAUUGCUAAAAUGUCAAUACGGCCUCCGAAAUCAUCCGUUGGAAAUCAUCCGUUGGCCGACAAUUGACGGCUGUCCAAGCAGAAAAAAUUGCUAUGGAAGCGAAAAAACUGGAGUUUGAUAAGUAUAAAUUCGAGGAGGAAAAGAAAAUUCAAGAAAGAAAGUUAGAUAUUGAGUCAAAAAAAUUAGACAUUGAGUUAAAAAAAAAUGGAAACUGAGGAAAAAUGCAAGAUGUUAGAAUUAGAAAUGAAAGAAAGAGUGUCUAUGUACGAAAUUGAAGAAAAAUAUGAAAAUAAAAACAAUUAAAUAUACUAAAUAACAGUUGUAUUUAUUUAUGAUUAUUCAUGGCAGUUAGAUUAUUUCUUUAGGUUUCGUUAGUAUGAACUUAUAUAAAUAGUUAUAUCAAAAAUAGAGUUGGUGCCAAGAAUGAUAGAAUGCAAGAUUACGACGACCGCCAUUACGAAACGUCAUAAGUAGUUCCGUGUUGAGAAGAACAAGAGUGAAAAACUGUCAAAUGGCUUGCAAAUUGUAAACAGAAAAGUAAACACUUUUGUAAAUUCGCAAAAUAUUAUUAAUUCUUUCGAUUUUAAUGAAAAGUUUUAGUGAAGCGAUUGAAUAUUGUUGAGUGAAAAGAUUUGAAUCAUUUCUAAAGAAAUAAAUCGGCCUAUUCAUAAUAAAAUUGUCUAUUAAGUUGUGAUUCAAAUGGAGAAGACGUUUCUUGUGUUGUAUAUAAAUAUACACAUAUAUUAUAAGUUCAGAUGUAUCAGAUGUAUGAAAUUAUGAUAAAAGAAUUGUGAAAUUAUAUUGAAGAUAUAUUUGUAACAUAUUUUUAACCUAUCGUCAACUAAUUCCAAAUAAAGUGAAUGAUUAAAUCAAUUAUAUUUAUAUUAGUAAUAAUUCUAAUAUAAAUAUGAAAAUAAAUUAACUUAAUCUAUAAAACUAAAACUAUUUUAUUAUUUUAUUAAGUUUGCGUUUCUUUUUGUGGAUUGAUUCUUC